AAAUCCGACCGCGACGACAAUGGACGCCCAUAGCAAUAUCGCUACCAGCGCCCCGGAGGACCAAAACAUUCCAGCUAAUGCGGCAGAGGACUAUCUUUACAAAUGGAGGGCCGAAUCCAAUGCUCAUAAUACGGCUGUAGCUACCAUCUGUGGCAGAGUCAAGCAGUUUCACGCCCGCCAGCAGCCUUUCCGGAUCUACCAUGGAUCGACUAACAGCACGCGACCAUCCGACCGGCGCGUUGACAACACCGUCGAUACGAGUAACCUUAACCAUGUUAUCGAGGUCAAUACGACCAAAAAAUCCGCCCUUGUCGAGCCAAAUGUUCCCAUGGAUGCCCUCGUCGAAGCCACUUUGAAGCACGGGCUGAUCCCGCUUGUGGUAAUGGAGUUCCCUGGAAUCACCGUUGGAGGAGGCUUUUCCGGAACCUCCGGAGAGAGCAGCUCGUUUCGCUACGGCGCCUUUGAUACGACAAUUAGCUACAUUGAGAUUGUGCUUCCCGAUGGGACCAGUGCGAUUGCUUCAAAGACCGACAAGCCCGAUUUAUUCUGGGGUGCUGCAUCUGCCUUCGGGACCCUCGGUGUCGUGACGGCAUUGGAGGUCCAAUUGAAGGACGCAAAGAAAUACGUUGAACUGACGUACCGACUAUCAACCAAUCCAUCUGAAGCCGCAAACGACAUUCAAGAGCAGUGCGGGAAGGCGGACAAUGAUUUUGUCGAUGGAAUUGUCUAUUCAAUGGACUCGACUGUGAUAUGUGUCGGGCGGCUUGUUGACGAGCUUCCAACCGGAUCCACACCACGUCAUUUUACACGCCGCCAGGACAGGUGGUUUUACCAACACGUGGAAAAGGUUCAAAAAGAUUUGAAGAAGAAACCGUCGGUAACAGUGACCGACUAUAUCCCCAUCGUGGAUUAUCUCUUCCGAUAUGACCGAGCUGGAUUCUGGGUAGCGAAGUAUGCUUUCAAGUACUUCCUGACGCCCCUCAACCGAGUGACACGGUACAUUCUGGACCCUCUACUUCGAACUCGCGUUAUGUAUGCUGCUGGCCAAAAGAGCGGCCUCUUGGAUUACUACAUGGUACAAGACGUGGGAGUCCCCUACGAAAGCGUCGGCGAGUUCCAGACCUGGCUCCACGAACAACACAACAUCUAUCCUUUGUGGCUCUGCCCUUUGCGCCUCCAGCGCGACACUCCAGACUCUGGCUACGGCCUCCACUCGGAGUUUUCCAAGCCCGGAACGCCGGACCUCUUGAACUUUGGCAUCUGGGGCCCAAUCGCUGGGAAUCGCCGCGAUGCCAUCCACUCUAACCGCGCACUCGAGCAGAAGGUCGAGGUGUGUGGCGGCAAGAAAUGGCUCUACGCCCAAGCGUACUAUACUGAGGAUGAGUUCUGGAGGCAUUAUGACCGGGAGUCUUACGAUGCAUUAAGAUCAAAGUAUUCAGCAGAGUAUUUGCUGAGCGUCUAUGACAAAGUGAAGAUGGACGUUGAUGCGGUUGGUGAGGCGGCUAUGUCGUCAACCGUCCGAACGCAUUGGCCGACCCAGGGCUUGAAAGGAGUAUACAAGGCUCUUACUGGGGGCGAUUAUCUCUUGCAAAAGAAGAACGGCAACUCAGCGACGAAGGAAUCUGGAGGAACGCACUGAGAGAAGCCAGUAGUGGCUCGAUUGAUCAACCGUCUUUCCUGGGUUUACGUGGGGAUGGAAUGAUGUCGCAAUUUCGAGUAUUUUACUGUAAAAUAAUGCUGAUAAUAUUGAGACAGCCAGGUAUCUUAGCUGAUAGUAGCUGAUACAGCCCUGAGAGAGUUCUCCGCCGGGUCUUGUAUAUAGUUAGUUAGAGACACGAAAGGCUCAAGUAGUGUGUAGGGCAGGACAAAGAUUGACAUCCUAUGUAACAUUAGCCUAACUCACUACGUUCCGGAAAGCCGAAUUUGGCUACGAAUUGAGCUGAAACCUUUCGAGGCUGCCAGGAUUGGCUCGGCUGCGGAG